AUGGAUCAAGGCAAUGAAAUAGGAGCAUAUCCUAGUGCUGAGUGGAGUACCACUUUGGAUAUUCCGCUAAAGGACUCGGAAGAAGUGGUGAGCAUCGAUCUGGUUAACGACCUUCCUGAGGACCCUGCCGAUCUGAAGACAUUGCUGGUGGAGGAAAAUUCAGACAAGGAACACUGGAUAACAAUUGCUAUUGCGUACAGCCAACGUGGCUCGCUGAGUGAGUGUAUCAGCCUAGUUCAAAUGGCUUUGGAGGUGUUCCAGGGACCUCAAUCUGGACCCCUUCAUACGUGUUUAACAUGGGCCUUUUUGAAGCAGGCGAAACAAUACAGUAUGGAAAAGGAGAAUUGGGAACGUAACUUGAUGCAAGCCGAACACCACCUCAAGGAAGCCAUAGGAUAUGAUCCUUCUGGGGUCGGCAAUAUGCUGGCUACAAUUGACCUAUAUUACCAACGCCAACUGUACGACAAGGCUUUAGAAAUGUCGGAACUAUUCGUACGGGGCAUACAUGCCGAGGACCAACGGCUUGGACGUACAUCGAAGCCCAACGUGUUGUUCUUGCUGGUAAGAGCCAAGCUAUUUUACCAGAAGAAAAACUACCCUGUGAGCUUGAGGCUGUUCCAGGAACUAUUGGUUUUAAAUCCUGUGCUACGGCCAGAUCCGAGAAUUGGCAUUGGUAUGUGCUUCUGGCAACUAAAGGAUCACAAGAUGGCUAUUCGUUCUUGGAGACGCAGUCUUCAAUUAGCGCCUAACAACCUAAAUGUCAAGAUAUUGCUCUUACUAGGUGAAUUCCACUCUGCUUUGACACAGUCAGAAGAUGACGAGGCAUUCAAACUUAAAUAUCAUGCUGCAUUGAGUCAAUUGGGUGAGAUAAUGUCAACGGAUAAACAUAACCCUACACUGCUGGUAUUGUAUCAAUCUUAUUGCUAUCUCAAGGCAGACUACAACAAAGUUAUAGGCAUUCAUGAGAAGCAAAUCGCCCCUUUUGCAUCUCGUAUUUCAGAUAUGGUUCUCUCGGAAUCUGCAUUUUGGUGUGGGAGGGCGUGUUAUGCGUUGGACGAACCUCGUCGGGCUUUCCAAUUUUUCCAAGAAAGCUUAAAAUCAAACGAGGAUAACCUGCUAGCACGCUUUGGGCUAGGUCAAACACAGAUUCAAAACAAUCUGAUAGAAGAAAGUAUUUUGACUUUUGAAAAUCUUUACGCAGCCAAUGAGAAUAUACAGGAGAUCAACUAUGUUCUAGGCUUGCUGUAUAGUGCCAAAUGUCUGGACUCCAAAGCUCACAAUGCCAUGCCUCCUGCCGAGAGAACCAAACUGCUGGAGAAAUCGGUGAACUUCGUUGAAAAAUAUAUCAAAAUGACUAAAGCUAAAAAGAAUCAAGCUGUCAUCUUGAAGGCUUAUUUGGUACUUUCUGAAUUAUAUCAACUGCAGAAUUCGUACAAGCAGUCACUGGAAACGCUUUCUCGCGCAGUCGACCAACUUGAGAAUAGUGAUGCCAGUUCUACUCCGCUUGAAGUCUAUAACAACUUGGGCUGCUUCCAUUUCAUCAAUGGCGACAGGUCAGAAGCCAGCAAAUACUUUACCCUUGCUUCCAAGCUAUCUUUAGAUGAAAGUUCCUCUGGAAACCCCGCUGAAUCUAUUACUAUUGAAUUCAACAAGUCGCGAGUUUCUGAAUCUGAUGAUCCCGAUACAGCACUUCACGGAUACCAGAGCUUACUAGCCACACACCCUAACUACAUUCAUGCUAAAAUACGCUACCUGUAUUUGAUGAUUAUGAAGGAGAAGAGUGCGGACUUAGACAAACAGGUUGACGAAUUAUUAGAAUCACACCCAUCCGACCUUGAUACACGUUCCUUUUACAACUGGUAUCUGAAAAACGGUUCAACCGAAAAGAAAACUGAAAAGACAGAGAAAUUGGAAAUCACACAAAACCGUGACACCCUUACCAAAUACGAUUCACACGAUGCUUAUGCCCUCAUAUCUUUGGCCAACUUAUAUGUGACCAUCGCACGAGAGUCUAAAAAAUUGUCAUCACCAAAGGAGCAAGAAAAAUCAAAGCAGUCGUUCGUCAAAGCCAUUCAACUUCUGCAGAAAGUAUUGCAAGUAGAUCCGUUCAAUAUUUUCGCUGCCCAAGGCUUGGCUAUCAUUUACGCGGAGAACAAACGAUACGGGCCAGCUCUUGAAAUUCUAAGAAAGGUGAGAGACUCGUUAAACAAUGAAUCGGUACACAUCAAUCUGGGCCAUUGCUUGCUAGAAAUGCAAGAACAUGCCAAAGCUAUCGAAAAUUAUGAGAUCGCCUUGAAACAAUUCAGCAACGAAACUAGUAAGCCACUACUUUUCAAUCUGCUUGGACGUGCAUGGUACUCUCGAGGUGUGCGGGAGAAAUCUUUAGAGUGCUUUGAGAGGUCCUUAGAAUAUGCUCAGGAAGCAUUAGCAGCAGAAUUGGAAAAGGAGAACUCUGGUAUGCUACAAAGCGUCAAAUUCAACGUUGCUUUGUUGCACUUUCAAAUUGCAGAAACAUUGCGCAGAGCAGCACCCAAGCAGAGGACCUUGUCCAAACUUGAGAGUGCCCGCUUGGGUUUGGAAGUCGCAUUAACUCUGUUUAAAGAGCUGAUCGAACAAAAAACUAGUAUCAUGCCUAUUGACGAACUUGAUCAACGUUUACAAUUGGGUGAGACUACAAUGAAAAGCGCUUUGGAAAGAUGUAUUAGCGAACAGCAAGACUACGAGAACGAGGCCGCUGAUAAGUUAGCCAAAGCCAGAAAGACAUUUGAAGAGGGUGAGAUCAGAGAGCGCGAACGUCGUGAGGCGCAGGAAGAACAGGAACGCAUACGGAUGGCAAAGCAAGUUGAGGAAUACAAGAAGCUGCAGGAAGAGACUCGUAAGCUAAUGGAAGAAAGGACUGAACUGGAUGCUAUAGAAGAAGCCAAGGGGUCCAACCCCCCAUUAAGUGGAGACGAAGAAUUUUUGGAAAAUGGCGAGCCUAAAAAGCCGAAAAGAGCCAAGCGUAGUAAGAAGUCAGAAGAUAGUAAACCCACUCAAAAGAAAAAGAGACGCACGAAGAGAGCAGUAAUUGAUGAAGAGGAUGAAAACAUGGACGAAAAUGAGGAGGCUAGUAAAGACGAGGGCGAGCUGAAGAAACCAGGUAAGCCUAAGAAAUCCUAUCUUUCCAAAGAGUUCAUCGACGACAGUGAAGACGAAGACGGCCAAUCCUCAAAGGAGCAAGAGGAGAAAUCGGCGCAGCCCACUCCAAACAAUAGUGGUGCGGAGGACCAAGAUGAGGAACUCUUUUGA